CUCUUUAAGCAGCAGGAGCCGAUAUCCAAGUACGCUGCGCCAGCGGGUCGCGCGCCGCCUGUCCGGCCUGGCCGCGGACGCAAGCUGAUGGCCGGCAUGAUGGUGGGCGACGCCGGAAGUAGCAGUUUCAGCACACCCCGGCAGAUGUCGUCCGUGCUGACCGAUCAGGACAGGAAGGCAGCCGCGCUGCCCAUUGAGGUGUUUGGGGAGCCUUUGGUUGAGCACUUCUACGCCAAGAGUUUCCUCCAGAAGGAGGAAGGGUUCCGUGAUCUGAUGAAUGACCUGAAGAGCGGCGAUGAGAGCGUGAAAGCGGACAAGAAGACCCGGGCUGCCACCUUCCUGCUUAUGCGCGGACUCAAGGACAAGAUGUACACUGUCAGCCAGCAGGCUGUGGAGGCGCUGGCCUACCUGACCGGGCCCUAUGCCAGCCGACACAAGACGUCCAAGCGCGAGCUGAGCAACACGAUGGAGGCGGCACUGCCGGAGCUGAUCCAGAAGCUGGGCGAGAACGCCACGCGCGUCCAGACAAUGGCCGCGGAGGGCCUGCUGCAGCUGGCGGAGACGGCGCACGGCCGUCGCAUGCCCGACGUCACGGCGGCGCUGGCUGCCCCGCUGCGGGGCGCCGUCCACACCCGGGUCGCCCUGGGCAGGAUCGAGACCGUCGAGAGGAUCAUCAUCAAGUACGGCGUCACCAACGAUGACGGACCGCAGUCCACCGAGCAGCUGGCCAAGUUCGCUCUCUCGGCGCUGGAGCAGCCUGGCGACCAGCUGCGCGCGGCCGGCUCCCGGCUGCUGCUGCUCGUGUACCCCGAGGACAGGCAGGUGGUGCGCAGCCUGCUGACAUCUGGCGGAAAGAACAAGAACUCCAACUACCGAUCCCUGCUAGCAGAGCUUGACAGGUUGGACGGCAAGCGGGCGCCGGUGGCUUCGCUGCGGCUCGACUCUCCGGCGCAGCUGCAGCCGGUCCGGGAGGAGGCCGAGGCCAAGCAGCGCCAGGCCACGCCCGACAGUCCCCACCUCAGCCGCGCGCUGCGCUCCAAGACGGUGGCGCCCAUUGUCGAGGCCGAGCCGACGGCCAACGACGACGACGACGAGAGAACGUGCGUCUUCUGCGGCACCGUCGACGACCGGUUCGAGACAGAGGAGGGCAUGGAGUACCACUUCUGGAAGAACUGCCCAAUGCUGACCCGCUGCCCCACCUGCAAGCAGGCGGUGGAGGUGUCCAGCUUCACUGAGCACCAGCUGCGGGAUUGCAAGGAGCAUCGUAACUUUAAGUGCUGCACUAGAUGUCAGGAGGCCAUACCAAAGAAAGACUACGACUACCAUGUGCGAUCUUACGCGUGCAUUCCGGCCAAGUCCGGCCCGGCGGGCAACCACUGCCCGCUCUGUCACCAGAACACCCCACCGUACGAGACUGGCUGGAAACAACAUCUCCUGCAGGACUGCACAGAGAACAGCAGGAACCCACGAGGACUGUCCCGUGCUGGGCGUCGUCCGUCAGUGACACCGCCAACUGCCGCCGGUCGCGCCACGGCCGCCGACCGCGCGCCACGCACGCCGCGCAGCCGCAUCCAGUCCGAGCUGCACUCGCGGCGACGCAGCUCGAUCGGCGGCCCGACCAAGACGCCGCCGGGCAGGGAAAAACCGGGCACCAAGCAAGGGGCGCAGGCGCGGAGGAGGAACUCGCUACCCGCCACUGUAGGCAGGGGACGCGGGCCAGACAAGGGCAGCGAUCAGGGAGGCAGCGGCAACAAGAGGCUGCCGGCUCAGAACGGCAGGUCCAACAGGACGCAGCCUGGAGGACGGCCGGACGCGCAGCGGGGCCGGGACCGGGACGCCAAGAACGCGCGAGACAAGCCCGACCUUGUUGAGGAGCUUUUUGUUAAUGGUAAAGGUAGAGUAAAGUGUGGCAUUCCCAACCGUUCGACCCGUAUCGUGGGCGGCGCGGAGACCGAAGUCCACGAGUACCCCUGGCAGGCGGGUCUGGUGGAGCGCGGCGACACCCGCGUCUGGUGCGGCGGCUCCGUCAUCAACAGCAGGUACGUGCUGACGGCGGCGCACUGCGCGCCCAACACGACCAGGGACGUCGAGGUCCUGCUCCAGGAGCACCGCCUGGGCGUCAGCGACGGCGAGCUUCGGUUCGGCAUACAGCGGGCGCUCUUACACCCGUGGUACGCGUCAGCUGCCGUCCUCGGGUACGACUUCGCGCUGCUGCGGCUGGCCACGCCCGUCGCGUUCCCGGCCGACAACUCACUCGCCCCGAUCUGCCUGCCCAGCGCCGGGCAUGACUUUACCGGCGCCGACGCCGAGCAGGAGUGCGCGCGCGCCUACCUGCGCGCGCAGCCGCCGCGCGUCAUCACCGGCUCCAUGCUGUGUGCCGGCCGUAGCGGCGGCGGCCGGGACUCAUGCCAGGGCGACAGCGGAGGUCCGCUGAUCAGUCUGGAGCGUGGCCGGUACGCGCUGGUCGGCGUCGUCUCCUGGGGGCAGGGUUGCGCGCUGCCCGACUUCCCGGGCGUCUACAGCCGCGUGGCCAAGGUGCUGUCCUGGAUCCGGGCCAACACCGCUGACGGCGCCUACUGCGAGUAGACGCCGAUACGCCCGCUGACUCAGUCUCCGACAUCGACACCCGUGCGUGAAAUGCCAGCGCAGUGUUGAUUGCGAAAUGAGGUGGUAGAGUUCUUGAAGCAAUUACUCCAAUUUCAAAGAACCACUCACGUGAUGAGUGAACGUGAACGUGAACGUGAACCACCCACGUGAACAGAAGACGCACGAA